AGGUCGAUGAGAGGCAGCUGCCACAGUUCGACCGCACGACCAACGGCGACUGGUACUACCCCACCAACUACCCUGUGCGCGACUAUCAGUACACCAUGGUACAAGUGGCUCUGCUGCAGAACACGCUGGUCUCACUCCCCACAGGCCUGGGCAAGACCUUCAUAGCCGCAGUGCUUAUGUACAACUACUACAG